AUGGAGUGCAGCAGGGCUCUGGCUCAGCAAUUGCACGGUCCUGGGUUCGAGCCCGGACAGCCCCUCUCAGUCGACUCAGCUGUGAAUGAGUACUGGCAUCAAGUCAGGGACAAAAUAGGGGCGGAAAAGGAACCCACAGAUCUCUACAGUCCUCUUAUGAGGCUAGAAAACGAUCGCCGGAGACACAUUUAUGAGGAAGCUCUGUGUCAGCAAAGUUUAGUGAUGUCUUCAAGUGUCUGCGAAGAAGUCUCCCGACGUCGGCAGAAAGCGGGAGGCGAUAAGGCUGAUAUAAUGGACACAUGGAACUGCAGCAUCUGCCGACGUCGCCUGUCUUCCCGCGCCAAGAGCGAGCAGCCAGCGUCCUCCGAGGGCUCGACCCUCGCUCCUGCGGUGCCCCCAGUUAUCUCCUCGCCUCUUCCCCCGCCUUCUCCAGGAGCGCCGACAGCCCUCAACCUCUUCAGCGGCCUGGCGGCGAUGGCGUCGUCUAUGGCGAGCGCUCAGAGCCAGCAGGCCGGAAAGUCGAGCGCUCCCCCCCCCACCACCUCCGCCCCGGCGCUCACCACCGCCCCCACCUCCGCUCCGGCGCCCGCGACACACGCCCCCACGCCCACCAGCGCCCUCACCACCACCCCCUCCACCCCCACCACCGCCGAGGCCCCACCCACCGCCAACGGCUUCGCGCACCGGAAGUCGUCGAGGGCGUACGCGAGCCAGAAGUCGCUGGACAGGACGCGGUCGAUCGAGCGGGCGAGGUCCAGGGACGAGUCGCGGGACCGCCGCCCGCCGCCCGGCACGCCCGUCGGGGAGCCCAGGAGGAACAGGGACAGAUCCCGAGAGAGGACCUCCGUGCCUCGCCGACGCUCCGACAACGACGACGACCCUCCGAGGGCGGCGUCGCGGGCGUCCUCCGUGCGUCGUGGGCGUAUGAGCGACUACAUGCUUAGGGAUUCCUCCGAGGAGCACCUCAGCUUCCACCGCAUCCACGCAGCGCACAGCGAGACCGACGUGUCCAGGUCGAGAAAGCAGAGUUAUGCUAAUCUCCAGGUGACACGCCCUUUGGAGAACGCCAACGUGCUGCGGACGGCCGCCGAGGACGUGGUCGGGACACGAGAAUCCGAGUCGUCCGGAGACGAGAUCCUGUCGGUGGACAACUGGCGGUCGCGCGGGCGUCGGCGCUCGAUCGUGCGGCAGCAGUCUUACGAGGAGGAGGACGGCGACGGAGAGACCUUCGCCAGCCCCUCCAGCAACUCCCUCACGCUGUGGGGCGGCGGCGACUUACCCGCCAGGAGACACUCCUCGCAGGACCCCUCUCGGAGGGACGACUCCUUGGAAGGACGCAGGACCAGGGACUCUUUGGACGUGCCGCACAACCGCGUGCACAGGCACCACUCGUGGGACUACGAUGUAACGAGAGACACUCUGCCCAUGUGA